AUCGUACGCAAAGAUGCGUAGAUACGGUUGGGCCAGUUUCAGUUAACGCCGUUUAACGAGAGAACUUACAGUUAUCAUCCUUCCGCUAUAAGGAUGAAUUUCCAAAUAUCGAUUCCUCUGCUCGCGCUAUUUCUUCUGGCAAAGUGCGAGAACACUGUUACAAAAAAUUUGACUGCAGAUGCGAAUGACAAUGAGAUUGAAAAUUCUACGCCGGAACCAGCGAGCUUAUGCACCAUGUGCGCUUGUACAGAUGGCAAUGUAAACUGCAGUAAUCGAAAUUUGAAAAAUCACCUUGAGGACAGACAGUGGGUGAACGUAACGGCUAAAGAGAUUUCGUUCGAGCAAAAUCGCUUGAUACACGUCACGCCUUUCCCAAUGAUAAUCGUCAAUAAGAUAAUUCUCAGAAAAAAUCAAAUCAUCACGAUCGAUCGUCACGCUUUUAAGGAGCUCAUUAAUCUUACCGAAUUGGAUUUGAGUAAUAACCAGAUCACGUCAGAACAGCUACGGCCGCAUAUUUUCGAGGGUCAGUUCAAACCAGAAGCGUAUGAGCCUUUACCGUUAAAAGUAUUGAACCUAGCUAAUAACAUACUCCACUGGUUGCAUCAGAGUGUAUUCGAGCACAUCACCGACAUCGAAGUGUUGAAUCUCUCCGGGAAUCCUUUUGGCGUAUUCGACUAUCGUACAUCUAUAGCUAUCAGUAGCUUAUCGUACUUGCGGGAAUUAGAUAUCAGUUAUUGCCAGUUGAAGGAACUACCAAAUCUUCAAUUUCAUAAUGCCAAAUAUUUAAAGAGACUAAAUUUAGCCGGCAACGAGCUCGGAGUUUUGCCCAGUCCUUUAGAGGAAGCCGGAGCCUUGGAAUACCUGAGUUUAGACGAUAAUCCGAUACAUAUUAUCGAUAGUGCGAACGCUUUUCCCAACUUGACGAAACUACGGGAGCUCAGUCUGUGCAACAUGCCAAGUUUGACGAUGAUUAGAAAUGGCGGCUUAUCAGCAUUAAUCGGCCUCGAAGAUCUCCGCGUGCGAAACUGCAAGAAAUUGGAAAUGAUCGGGGAAUACGCGAUUGCGAUUUCGACAGGUGAAGGGAUGUCGUGGCCGUUGGUAAAGAAACUGGAUCUAUCGUCUAACGCGUUACGAAUCUUGCCGAUGUUACUCCUCGACAGAUGGGACAGACUCGAAGAAUUGCAUCUGAUGCACAAUCCUUGGAGUUGCGAUUGUCGCAAUCAAUAUCUGAUCAGAACCAUAUUGCCGGAGUACGCGGCUAAACAGAAAGCGACGGCCGAAGUAAACGAGCUCACCUGUUCCGCGCCGCCGGAACACGCGGGUAAGACUCUCGCUUCCCUGGCCGGACGACAUCUACGCUGCUUAGAUCUGUACGACGCGCGACCAGAGAAGGACGCCGCGAUACUCGUAGGGAUGCUGAUCGGCCUACUCAUUGCCAUUCCGGUCGGCAUGGCGCUCUUCAUCUUCUGGCGACGCGGCUUCUUCUUCUGCGAUUCGCAGGGUCCCGCCAGUUUCUCGCGCGCCUUUUAUAAGCGCGCUUCCAACGACGAUGAUAUUUGAUAACCCCACAUAUCCAUUAAUAUGUUAAGGUAGAUAAAAAAAAUCUCUUUGUUAUAUUUUUUUAAACAUUAAUGGACGCAAGAUGCGAUUAUAUUCAUUAUCAAACAGCAGCGAAAUUCGUAGUACAUAUGACAUGUAUAUGUAUUGAAAAUAUCUAGUCUAGUCUAACAAUAUAGUUUUUUCAAAUAUCUUUUAUAUAUAUUUUCUUAGGCUAUAAAUCUCUCAAUCACAUCGAGAGAGCGCAUAUAUAUAUAUAUAUAUAUAUAUAUAUAUAUAUAUAUAUAUAUAUAUAUGUACAUUCCGUUCUAAUGAGCGCAUUAGUGAAACGCGUAGAGUUUAUUAUGGCUUUAUGUAAUAAACAAUCUGAAAAUCAA